AGAUUCUGCGAUAUGGAACAUCUGCUUUUCUUUCUGCUGCUUCGUCUCUGGCCUUUGCUUUUCCUUCACUACGACUUAAAUAAAAGUAACUAGCCCUAGCAGCUAGCUAUCAAGCUUUAUUUAUCUGCUCCUUCCUCCAUCUCCCUGCUGGCCUGCCUGAUCAGUAUAUAUAACUCUCAAUUCCAUCAACAAAUCUCCCUCCCAAGCUAGUCGAUCCAUCUUGUGCACACACAGCGGAUAUACCUCUCUAUCGAUCAACAGCGGCCAUGUCGUCGGGGCCAGCAGCAUGCGGUGUGUGCGGCGCGGCCGCCUGCUGCCCGCACCUCUUGCACACCGGUGACGGCAACGACGACGACCUCAUCAGCCGGGCCUUCUUCUCCGUCUUCCCUGUCGUCGGUCAUCACCGUCGUCAUGAGUCCACCAGCAGCCCCGCCAUGCAGCAGCCAUCGGGGUGCCUGCACGAGUUCCAGUUCUUUGGCCAUCAGGACGACCACCACCACCAAGAAACCAUCGCCUGGCUCUUGGACCACCCACCGCCACCUGCGCCCGAGCUUGGCGGCGACGACGGCCCGUCCCCAGCUGGUGAUGAGAACGACGACCAGCCUGCGUUUCACCCGUUUGGGACACCACAGUACCACCACCCCGGAAAAGGGAACGGGAACGGGCUCACCUUUGAGCUGGACGCCACGCUGGGCCUCGGCACCGCGCGGCAAACCACUGAGACAGCAGAAGCAAGCGCCACCAUCAUGUCAUUCUCUGGGAGCACAUUCACGGACGCUGCAAGCAAGGAGCCAGCACUGAUCGACGACGGCAAUGAGCUGCAAAUGCCGGUAGAUCAGUCGUCGACGGAGAGGGAGGUUAAGUUGAUGAGGUACAAGGAGAAGAGGAUGAGGAGGUGCUUUGAGAAGCAGAUAAGAUAUGCAUCCAGGAAAGCCUAUGCGCAGGUGAGACCCAGGGUGAAAGGCCGCUUUGCCAAGGUAACCGAAUGACGAAGCCUGCUAGCUAGCUCCACCACAGCAGACGACGACGCCUGAAUCUUAUGUAUAUAUGUAUGUAUAGUUAGUAAAUGUAGUACCCCUCUAUUCUUUUUUAUUUGUCGCCGAUUAGUUUAAAAAUAAACUAGCGGACGACAAAUAUUCGAGAACAGAGGUAGUAUAUGUUAUGUCUCAAUUGCCAACUGCAAUAGCAAAACUUUUGGGGA